AUGACGGAGAGGCUCCAGGCGCGACCGGCGCAGGGGAGCGCCGCCAAGCCCGAAACCCCGGCGGGGCGCAAGGCGAACGAGGACGAGGUCGCGUUCAUCAAGUCGGCGCUGGAGAACACGGUGGUGUUCCAUCAGCUCGACGAGACCGUGCGGGACGCGGUGGCCAGGGAGAUGACCUCGCUGGAGGUUCACGCGGGCGAGCGCAUGAUCCAGGAGGGGGACAUGGGAUCCGAGAUGUACCUCGUGCACUCGGGGACGUUCGACAUCUUUUGCCACCGAAGGGGCGCCGAGGUCAAGGUCAACUCGAAAGCCGCGGGGGACAUCUUCGGAGAGAUCUCGUUGAUGUUCGAGUCCCCUAGAAGCGCGUCGGUGGUGGCCACGUCGGACGCCGUGGUGUGGAUGCUGGACCGCAAGUCCUUCAGGGAACUGACCCGCAAGGUUGCCGAGGAGGCGAAAUCGCAGCACCUCGUCUUCCUCAACUCCGUCCCGAUCCUCGCCUCCUUGACCGUCGAGGAGCGCAUCCGCGUCGCCGAGGCCCUGGAGGAGAAGACGUUCCUGCCGGGAGAGAUCGUCGUGGAGCAGGGGUCGACGGAGACGGACUACUUCUACAUCGUCGCGAAAGGUGAAGCCGUGGUGAGGGUUGCGCGAGCGGGUGACGCGGAGGACGGAGACCUGGACGGAUCGGUCCGGGGAAUGCGAACCGUCAACCGUCUCUUCCGCGCGGAUUUCUUCGGCGAGAAGGCUCUGUUGUACGAUCAACCGAGGGACGCCACGGUGAUGGUGCCGCUUGGGGGCACGCCGCUGGUCUGUCUGUGCCUGGGCCGAUCGGUGUUUACCGACUUGCUGGGACCGCUUCAGGAGAUCAUGGCGCGGGAAAAGUCGGCGGAGGUGGUGGAGCAACGGAUGCGGGAGCUCGAGUUUGCGGCGCCGUGGAUGCGCGCCGACGUGAAGAUCGUCGACCGAAAGGGCAGGAUCGUCGCGUCCACCGGAACGUGCAGCAACGUCACCUUCGCGUCGCUCGCGUCGCCGGAGUACCACGAGCAGCAGCAGCUUCUCUCGGGCGCGGCGGCGGAGGGCGAAGAACCCGCGCAGCGAUUGGAGCCCCCGACGGUGGAGAUCGAGCUGAGGGAGGGCGAUCUCCUCGGCGGCGGCGCGAGCGGCAGCGUGCGACGGGUCGACUGCGCCGUCGGCGGCGGCGAGAUGAAGACGUUUGCGCUGAAGAAGAUGCGAAAGUGCGCGGUGAUGUCCACCCCGGAGCACAUCUACUGCGAGCAGAGCAUCACGAAGGAGCUCAAGCACUUCGCGUGCAUGCGUCAGCACGCCAGCUUCCAGGACGAUGAGAACCUCUACUUUUUGUUCGAUUUCGUGGACGGAUGCGAUCUGAUGGACGCGUUGGCGGCUGUGGCCACGGUUCAAAACAUUCGCCUCCCGAAGAAGCCCUUCACGCCCAAGAUCAAAAUGCUCAAGGGCAUGCCGGAGGAGAUGGCGAUGUACUACAUAGCGGUCAUAACCAGCGCGUUCGAGUACCUCCACGACCACCAGAUCGUGUACAGGGACCUCAAACCCGAGAACGUGCUGCUCGCCCGCGACGGGACGGCCAAGCUCGGCGACUUUGGUUUCGCCAAGAAGCUGGAGAAGGGUCAGCACACGUACACGUUCUGCGGAACUCCGGGGUACGUGGCGCCCGAGGUUGUGCUGGCGCGCGGGUACGGCACCAGCGUGGACUGGUGGGGUCUCGGGGUGAUGAUGUACGUCCUGCUGACGGGCCAGCAGCCGUUUUCGCAAAUCGUCGGGGGUAAACCCGAGGAUCCGCUCACGGUGAUGAAGCGAAUCGUGGAUAGGAGCUGGCACGUCUCGUUCCCGGUGUACCUCAGCGAGGAGUCCGUCGACAUCAUGAGCUGGUUCAUGGAGCGGCGAUCGGCGAAGCGUCUCGGUAACCUGCGGAGAAAAGCGAGCGACAUCCGGACGCACGCGUGGUUCGCGCAGGCUGAGUUUGACUGGGAGGCGCUCAGGACCGGGUCGCUGAAGCCGAAGCCGCUGGCGCUCUCCGAGGCUUUCGCGGAGCAGCACAGGAACAGGAUACAGGACCUGGAGCGGGAGAUCUUCGCCUCGAUGGUUCCGGAGAACCCAGUCGAUCUGGAGGAGGCGUGCAAGAUCUUCGAGGACUUCUGAGGUCCUUCUGAUGACAUUGACAGUGUACGAUAACAGUGUACGAUAACUUUCGAGUUGAGUACGAUCGAGUUGACGCCAUGGUAUUAUUUGUGAUCGAUGAAAGCUUUUGAUCCCAUCUCCGUCGCGACGCUCUCCAACUCCGUCGCGUCACACGGAGAACGACGCCGACCUACCGCGCAUUCCCCCGCCCUUCCGAAAACCCCCGUUCUUCGGCACCACCAUCGGAAUCUUCAGAUCCGCGCCCCGACCCUUGAUCGCGGCAAACACGGCGAAGGCGCCCAGUAAGACGACGACGGCGACAGCCUUCGUCGCGCCGUCGUUCCUCGCGCCCCCGCCGCGUGGCGCGUCGCACCGCAACGACCCCAUCCUCGCCGGGUGAAUCAGGCACAUCGCCGCGCCCAUCGUCCACUCCACGUCGUUCCCGUCGACGUCCUCGACGUACUCGAUCUCAUCCGCGUUUGGCGAAAAUCCAAAUCCGACGCCACCCUCCCCGUCCUCGCCCUCGCCCUCGCCGCCCUCGAGGAGCGCCGUCACCAGCGCGCCGUCGAAACAACGUCCGGGCAGCCUAUCCGUCGCGGUGUUCGCGUCCACGCCGUCCCAACCGGCCAGCGCGUCCUCCCAUCGCGUCGCGCACGCUCGCCUCGACGCCGCCUUGAUUGACGAAAGCGUGGGCCGGGGGAAUCCACGCAAACCGUCGGGCAGCGCGACGUGAAGAAAGUGCGUCAGGUGGUACGGCAGCGACAUCGCGAGAAAGCCCCCGGGCACGCCGACGACGUCCGCGGGCGCGCGCAUCGGCGACCCGUCGCGCGUCUGCAGCGCGCGAAGCUCUUUACGAACCUCUUUCUCGCAUGCGUCAAAGUCUCCGGCGCCCGUGAGCGUCACGCCGUCGACAACCUCCGUCCUUCCUAAAAACGCGCAAGGAAUCGAAGUCUCCGAUUGGCCGCGCGCCUUGGCCGCCGCCGCCGCGGCGGCCCACAUCCGCUUCUCCACGUGGUUCGCGCCGUACCCGAGGUACGAGCGGACGUACACCCUUCGCUUCAGCUCGAGAAGAUCCGCCGGGGGCCCGCCGAGGUCGUCCGGGGAUGAUAUUUUGGACGCCGGCAGCGCGACAAUCUGCGCGCUCCCGCCGCCCACGUCGAGCGCGCCCACGGUCUGGGGCACCGCCUCCGCGUCCGGCGCGCCCACGGAGGUCAUGUCCCGUCCCGAGAGCUGGUUUGCGGCGAGCCACGCGAAGAACCCCUCCUCCUCGCCGUCGAUUGUCCGAAAGUGCGAUCUCUCGUUCUCGACUCGCAGCCCGCCCCCGUCCAACCCGAGACGGAACCUCGUUCGUCUCGACACCACCCUCGCGACGGACGCCCACAGCGCGCUCUGCUCCUCGUCGG